AAUUUGCGGCAGUUUAGAACUCGCGGUUUGACCCGGUGCGGAACCGGUCGGUCCCGUGCUGGAGCGGUGAGUGAGGAGCCCGUUCAGGAGUUAAGGAUUGUGGAGACCCUUGGUAACUUGAACUGUUUGCACGGUCGCGCUGUUGGAUUUUCUUUAGUUUGCGCAGAAACAGAUGCGCAUUAAUCCGACUUUUAACAUUAUAGCAACAUAUUUCAUUCAGUCCUGACCUGGACUCGAACCGGGCGCUUUGUGGACGUCUAAUUCUUUUGGAUAUCUGAAGAUCGGACCUGUGGAAGUGCUCGUCCGGGCUGAAGAGGGGUACAUGUGUUCCGAUUGAGCUCCCGGUGUCCCUUCAUCACGGUAACCGGACUGACUGGAUCGCUGGGCGUUAUCAGAUCGAUUUUGGAGAUGGCACCGGUUGGGAUGCUGUUACUCGUGGCGGUGUUACUGUGGGUGUCCGUGUUGGCAGAGGAACCCGCCGGGAAAGCCGUGGCUGACCGGUACGCUGUCUACUGGAACCGAACCAACCCCCGGUUCUACAGAGGCGAUUACCACCUGGACGUCUGCAUUAACGACUACCUGGACGUGUACUGCCCGCACUACGAGGACGGCGUGCCGGAGGAGCGGGCCGAGCGCUACAUGCUCUACAUGGUGAACUACGACGGUUACAGCUCGUGCGACCACGCCGCCACCGGCUUCAAGCGCUGGGAGUGCAACCGGCCGUACGCCACCAACGGCCCCCUCAAGUUCUCCGAGAAGUUCCAGCUCUUCACGCCCUUCUCGCUGGGGUUCGAAUUCCGGCCGGGCAGAGAAUACUACUACAUCUCCUCCAUGCUGGCGGAGAACGGGAGGAGAACCUGCCUCAGGCUCAAAGUCUUCGUCAGACCAGCAAAUAACUGUGUGAAGACGGUCAGCGUCCACGACCGCGUGUUCGACGUGAACGACAGGAUGGAAAACUCUAUAGAGCCCAGAGACGACACGAGCCACGAGUCCGCCGAGCCGUCCCGAGGCGACGUCAACUCCUCCGGGCGUGUCCGCUCACCCUGGAUCCCGCCGGCCCUGACGCUUCUCGCCCUGCUCUUAGCGUUAUAGCUAGCGCCGACGCUCAUCCAGAGACUCUUGAAGAGCACUUUUAGCGGACGCCAGAGGUCCUCGCGUCGUCGACUGGCAUUCGGAACACGCCUAUCCGACUGGAAGUGGGAGACUCCUCAUCGCCCGGGUGGAUCCUGGUGGAUAUCGGGGCGCUACCCGUUUCUACCGGUGGACUGAUAGAUGAACACACACACACACACACACACACACACACACACACUUAUAAAAUAAAACACACACACACACACACACACACACACACCUUGUUUCACACGUAUAAAAGCUCAUAUUUUAAAGUGAGCCUGGAAAAAAUGGGACUAUUUUAGGACGGAUGCGUUUUUAUCACCACUUUUGUGCAUCUGACAAUGACAAGAAGUCGGGAAUCGUUGGAAACACGGGAACACGAGAACCCUGGGAACCCUGGGAACUCUGGGAACUCCCGACACAGCUGUGUACAGUGUGAACCUUAUUUUAACACAAUAAAUUGGGGGGGGGGGGGGAUUUUUAACAAGGCGUGGCUCUGAGGACCGUGGAACUGUGUUUUUUUGAGUACUUUUCUUAUCUGAAGACACAAGCGCUGGUUUUGUACAUUGUGUACAGUUGAAAUGGAAUAAAAAAGUGGACGCUGUUUUCUCCGAGUGCUCGAGUCGUUACAGAAUCCACUCGCGUGUCCGACAGACGUCGUUUCCCGUAUUUAUUUCUCGUUUCUGCUCGUCUGUCGCUGCCGCGGUGGCAGACGGGACCUCGGAGUGUUAAAAAGUGCAAAUAAUUAUACGCUGCACGGCCAAAAGUAUCCGGACGCCUGACCGUGAGCUUUUCCACGGGUUUGAUAGGUGGUCAGACCUCCGUGCAGGUGAUAAACGGCCUUAACCAAUCAGAUGCCACCAUUUAUUCUACUGAACAUAAUUGAAAGCCUGGAUUCAUUAUUUAGAGUGUCCGCAUACUUUUGGCCAUAGGAAUGUCAUGAAUCAAGACGGCUUUAUUGUUUAGCCAUACGGAGCCCAAAACAGACCCCAUUCGGACAGGAUUUUCCAAACUGAUGAUUGGCAGUCGGAUUCCCGACGCGGCGCACCUACGGCGAGGUCAGAAGUUUACGGACACCGGUGGGACGCGUAUGACUUCACAUUUCGAUGGUUUCUGCAGGUUCUUUUUCUGUGAAUAAAUAAUUAAAACAU